CAGCAGCAUAUGCCUGCGGUGGCGCAGACAGCCCUGGCAGCCUUGUAAAUUUUCACCCUGGGAAAUUAGCAACAAAGCCAGAGCUGUCUCGCGGCGGCUCCUGCACUUUGCCGGGGCUGCCGGACGCGCGGAGCCGCAGAGCCGCGCGGAGGAGCAGAGCGAGGCCGCCGGCGGGAGAGGGCGGGCGGGGAAGGGGAGCCGAGGGGAGGGCGGCAGUCUGCGAUCAGCGGGGAGGGAACUGCUGCUCUGCGGGCCGGCCCCGCGCUGGCUGCCCGGGCUCCGGCGGCCCCCGGGAUCGCGCAGUGACCGCUCCCGCGGCUGGACCAUCAUGCCUGGCCGCGAGAGCGGCGCGUUCUGCAGCUGAGAGCCCGGGGCUGCCUCCAGCUCGGCUCCUCGCGCGCCGCACCGGGCCCGGGAGAAGCGCAACCGAGCAGCCCCGGCGCUUGCUGAACGGCCUCCCCCUGCAUCGCUUCCUGGAGAAGGUAUACAAAUGCUCUCAGUCCAGCCAGACACCAAGCCGAAAGGUUGUGCUGGCUGCAACCGAAAGAUCAAGGACCGGUAUCUCCUGAAGGCACUGGACAAAUACUGGCAUGAAGACUGCCUGAAGUGCGCCUGCUGUGACUGUCGCCUGGGAGAAGUGGGCUCCACCCUGUACACGAAAGCUAAUCUCAUCCUUUGUCGCAGAGACUAUCUGAGGCUCUUUGGCGUGACGGGCAACUGUGCUGCCUGCAGUAAGCUCAUUCCUGCCUUUGAGAUGGUGAUGCGUGCCAAGGACAAUGUGUACCACCUGGACUGCUUUGCCUGUCAGCUCUGCAACCAGAGAUUUUGUGUGGGUGACAAAUUUUUCCUAAAGAAUAAUAUGAUCCUUUGCCAGACGGACUACGAGGAAGGUUUAAUGAAAGAAGGCUAUGCACCCCAGGUUCGCUGAUCGAUCAACAGCACCCCAUUAAGAAUACAAAGCACUCCAUUCUUUUAUCUUUUUUGCUCCACAUGUAUAUAAGAAUUGACACAGGAACCUACUGAAUAGCGUAGAUAUAGAAAAGCAGGAUGGUUAUAUGGCAUAAAAGGCGGACUGCAUCUGUAUGUAGUAAAAUUGCCCCAGUUCAGAGUUGAAUGUUUAUUAUUAAAGAAAAAAAAAGUAAUGUACAUAUUGCUGAAUUUUUUUGCUUGCUAUUCGUUUUUUUGUGUCACUUGGCAUGAGAUGUUUAUUUUGGACUAUUGUAUAUAAUGUAUUGUAAUAUUUGAAGCACAAAUGUAAUACAGUUUUAUUGUGUUACCAUUUGUGUUCUGUUUGCUUCUUUGUAUUGUUGCAUUUAGUACAAUCAGUGUUUAAACUUACUGUAUAUUUAUGCUUUCUCUAUCGACCAGCUAUUUUAAAUGAGCUGUAACUUUCUAGUAAAGAAUUGAAGAGCAAAUCUCACGAGCGAUACACAUAUAGAUAAAGCAAGUCUAUCAACAUUGAAAAUACUAAAAAAUAAAGACACACACAGAGCAAUUUAGCAGCACCCACUAUUAUCACACUAUGAUUUAGAGUCUCGGUGUUCUCAUUAUAACCUCCUAUUUUCAGGGGGUUAAAGAUCAGCUUUAAAAAAUGCAUAAAAUUUUCAUUUUAAAGCACUUUCAUUUUAUACCAACAUGAAAAGUGCCAUUUUUAGAAUAACUUGAAGGCUUAACAUUAUCCUUUUAAUAUCUUUUUGUGUGUGUGCUCUUUACCUAUACAAUAGCUUUUUUCUUUUCUCUUUUUUUUUGGCCAUUCACCUCUUCUGUGUACUAGUGCCUUUGGUUAUCAUGUAAAAAUUUUCCAAAAGGUUACUUUUAAGAAGUAUUAUAAGAAUUAUCAGAUAAUUUUAAAGUGAUACAUUUCAUAUACAAAAUUUGCCCACGACUCUCCACAAACACUAAAGGUUUAAUAAAUUUAUGGCUUGAUAAAUUGAUGGCACUAAAAUAAACUUGAGUGUGAAUCUACUGAAAUCAUGAUUAUGUUCACUGAUGCUAUAGUGAGGUUACUUUUGAUUAGAGCUACUUAAUGCUCAUAGAAUCUUCUAGAAGAAGAGAAACAAAAGGAUUGAUAGGAAGCUGAGAAUUUGUGAUUAUAUAUUUUUCUGUAUUUACCUGCUACUUCUUUUAACAUUUAAAGUAAACACUUUACCAGUUUGAUGUAUCUUACUCUCUCCCCACUUUAAAUAAUUACGCACUCAUAAAUGCAUCACACUUUAAGGAACACUUAUCAAUCCAUUUUUAAGGUGAAAUAUCUACACGAUAACUACCCUGUAACUGAUAAAGCCGACUAGAAACAAACCUUAUGAAGAAUGAUUAUUUAAAUUAUCAUUAAGGAAAUUGAGAGUAUGAAUUCCACCUCCCCCCAACUUUUCUGGGCAGCUCACACUUUGGGUUUUUGCUUUUGCUGCUCCUUAUAACAAAAUUACUUUUCAAGAAAUCUAAUUCCACCCAGGAAUAACGGAGCAUAAUUUUACUAGUGCAAAUUUAGUGCUGUGUUUUCUUCUUUACCCUUACUCAUUUGUAUAUGAAACAGUAUUUCCCAGUGUUACAUACAUACAUAUUUUGGUCCUGCCAAUAAAUGCAUUGCAGAUGAAAAUUAAAUGUUAAUACUUGAAGUCUUGGUUUGGGGCCAAAACAUUAAGCUGAAAAUACUGCUGGUGUGAAUUUGAAUUGUUUUAAAACAAAGCUUUAUAUGAACAUGCAUGUUAAUCUGGAUAUUGCCUCUCAUUUAAAAAAUAUGGUUCUGUGAAAAGUGAAUGAUAUGUAUUUUUGACAAAUGCUUCAUGGUUAAGAGUGUUCAAAAAUCACAUGUUCCUCAAAUUUGAGAUAUAAUGAAAAGAAAUGUCCAAAAGAGCUAUGUGGGGCCUACAAAUUAACCACAUUUUUAGCUUAGGGCCUUAUGUUUAUUUCAUGAAAAGACUUGCGUCACCCCAAUGAAACCAAACUGAACAGAACAAAGCAGGAGAGGAGAGAGGGAAAAAGUUUUCACCUGUGACCUUGUGCUGGCUAGUCCCCCCUCAAUUUGCUUGACAGUCUCAAGGAUGUGGAACUGUAAUUGUUGCCAUAUAUUCAAAUGACAGUUUUUAGGUUGAAAGGUUUUACAGAUGAGUAUCCAUGUCCAAAUUGUGACUGUGGACUGGGAGCAAAUCUCUCAGCCCCUUGUCACUAUUCAACUAUCCUUGCCACCCGAAGACCAAACGUGGUCUUUCUUUUGCUUAAUCCUUUGAAAAUGAAUUUGUAUGCUUUUCACUACAUGCGAAAUUACUCACCUGGGUUAAAGCUUAAGGCCUUAAUCUCCUCAGAUUAUCUAUAAACUCCUUAAAAUUGUGAAACAAGGUGGCCAUUUCAUAGCUAAUUGCCCAUAAAUAGUCGUACUUUUGACCUGAAGUACUAAGCCAACUGUCUGGAUUACUCAAGAGACCCUGAAUUGUUGUCAACUGUCCUCUUUGUGUUGUGCAGACCUGCUGUCACUUAGCUUGUUAUCCGAUGCCUCAAGCAGGACACCUCUGAUGGAACUCUGGCUUCUCAAAUAGUGACAGCUGCUUUCCUUGAUGCUUCUCCCACAGACUAUGACGAAAGACCAGGCACCCCGCUCUCCUAGGGCGAGAGCUGAGUUUCAAAGCUGUGUUUGUAAUUUCAUUUUCAUCUUGCUUAAUAAAUAUCUGCUGGAUUCUUUCCUCUUUCA